UUUUGCCGCCAAGUAGAUUUGGGUUCCUUAUUUGGGAAGUUUCUCAAAAUCUGUACAGAGAGAGAGAGGAGAGUGAGAGGGGGAGAAUGCUGGGAAGAGUAAGACGAUCGACGAUCAGCUCACUGGAGCAAUUGGAGUUGGAGAGGCCAUCGUCGAAGCUCAUCAAAGCUGACUCUCUCUCCAUCUAUGAGGCCACCCUUAUGAAGCUACGGGAAGGCUCUAGACGAGAUACAAGCUUUCCUGCAGAGAGUUCAGUAGAUGGAAAUAUAUGUUGCAGUACUUCAGGAGGUUCACCCAGAGAGGAGGCGUCAAUAACUGAUACUUAUUCUUCCAGGGAAUAUCUUGAAGAUACUAGUAGUUGUCAGCCCACAGGUUCCUUGAAAGAGACAAAGAAGACCAACUUCUCACUUGCUUACAUGUUUUCCAGGUAUAAAAGUUCUCAGUGUGCUGGAGGCAUAAAUGAGGAGGAUGCAAUGGAUGUAGAAGAUAAUACUUGUUCUGCAAACUCUUCACUUAGUCCUCACAAUUCUCAGUUGAUGAGCAGCUCAGUACAGUCCACAAUACAGGAACACAUUUGUUCCCAAUGAUUUGAGUUUGGAUUAUGGCUCAAUUCUUCUACUUGUUGCAUUGCCGUCAUGGUGGUCUCUAUUGUCAUCUUGUAUUUUCUAUUUAUUGUUGUGCAAGAGUUGUUUAUAAAUGAUGGAUGAGUAGAGCCAAUUCUUCAAAUGAUGUAAUUUAGUUCUUUAUCUCCAUCUUAGUUAACCAAAAAAGAUGCAACUUCGAGCAAUGUUGGAUUGUUGGUCAAAUUUCAAUAAGUUUGAGCUUGAUAGUUUCGAACCUAAA